AUGAGAGAGAGUGGACACCUCGAAAAAGCAAAUGGGAUAGUUUGGAGUGACAAAGAUGGUUGGAGCACGACUCUUGCAAAGGGAGAGGCACAAGAGGAGAUUGAGUGUGAUCCUGGCAUGCCUCUCGAAAUCGGUUUGUUACAAAGUCAGAUAGGCGUUUACAUUCGGUUUGGAGGGCUCCAACGAAUGGCUUGCAAUCUACGAUCAAAGGGUCAACUGGCAGUAGCAAUUCAGAAUGGUCAUUUGGAGGCAAAUUAUUAG